CCCAGUACCCAGUAAUGUAGUUUAGUUUGUUUCCAGGAGUGUAGGUCUAAUAUUCUAAAAAGCUAACCAAUUAAAGUUGGUUCUCUGUCAUAUAUAACUACUAACUUAUUAACCUAAACUCCUCCCAGAAAGUGAUGUCAAAAUUAUCCCUCAUUCCGAUCCUCCUAGUUUUCAUUUCCGAAAGACUUCCUUUUUGUUUUUAACUCCCCACCCACUACCCACUAUGGUUCCAGCUAUAUUUUUAAUCUGCAAACUAGCUUUAAGCUGUAUUGUUGAAAAUAGGCUUAAGAGAAAUGAAAAAAAAAAAAAAAUAAUAAUUGCUUAAACCCUGGUACUGAUCGGAGUUAUCCACCCACCAUUACUUUCUCUCGCACACACCAACUGAUAUCGAAAAAAAAUAGAGUUUGAUGGGUUUUGUAACAACUUGUAUCUGAAGUUGAACUUGAAACUGAAACGUGGGCCAAAAUACAAUACCAAUUGAGAAUCGUCGUGAGAUGUCAGAACAAGACAAGCUAGACAAGACCGGUCGAAAUCGGUUAACCAAUCCAGUAAUCCAGUAAUCGUGGCUCCCAGAUCGUCUACGCCCUGUCUACGACCUCUUCCCAGCAAUCGAAUCGACAUCGACCUCUACGAUGCGUCAUCGCCGGCCUGCCUCAUCCAUUCGUCCAUUCCGAUAAUGAUAAUGAUAUUAAUAUGAUAUAAAGUCGAGUAGAACCAAAUCACAGAUCGACAUUAAACCAGACGACCAUGGUGGACAUGAGAUGAGAUGAGUGCGCUGAAACAAAGACGAUUAAGAAGGGGGGCAGCCCACGUUACCCUCAAAAGUUGUGUGGGCUGGCCUCUGCUUGUGUUAGGUAUUUAAAAACAAAACAUCUCUCUGCUAAAACAUUCACAACUUAAUUUAAAAACAAUAUUAUAUAAAGAAUUGUCAAAUUCCUUAUAGCCAUUGUGAGUGUGAGGGCGUGUGGUUAGAUGAGAAGCUUCCUUGCGUUAAUCAGAGACGAUAAGACGACAAGACGAUGAGAUGAUGAGAUGAUGAUCAUGAGAUGAGAACUCGAAGACGAUGAUGCUGGUCGCGCGUUCUGUUGUCAUCUUUGGCUAGUGCCUCCGAACUUAGUACUCCUACUCUCCCCAUUCCCGGUUAAUCUGGCAUCCGGCUCUGGCAUCCGGUUCUGGUUCUGGCUCCGGCUCCGGCUCCGGCUCUGGCUAACGGCUUCUGACACCGGCUGAGACUGGAUCAGCGCGAGCGACCCCGAAACGUAUUUCUUAUUUUUGCAGUUCGUUUGUGUGCGAGUGAGGCGCUGGCUAACUGCUCCUGGCAAUAUGCUCUCCAAUGCUUCAUUUCGGUGUGGUUCUGGCUCCGGCACCGAUAUAUUGGCGCCUGGCUAGCGAUGUCGUCUUCUCUGCUAUGCUCUGAUCUGACCUUCUGACCGUAUCCGCUGUGUGGUGGCUUGGCUCCCUCCGAAACAAAAAACGAGUCGAUACAUAAAAACGGAACAAAACACUUGAUUACUUUGUUUAUUACUAUUUAUAAAAAAAAUAUGAAUAUAAAUAGCAAAAAAAAAAACAAAACCAAAAACUAAAACCAAACUAAACUAAAACUUAACAAAAAAAAAACCAAACCAAAACGAGGUCUGGCCAUCCAUCCAUUCAUCCGCCUGCAACUGGCUGAGUUAAACGAUGCUCGAUUGGAUGAUGAGGUGUCCUUGGUGUCCCAGUUGGCCCACAGUUACUAGGCAGACAGUCUAAACUCUCGGUGUAGAAACGAUGUGUGUGUCCUCUCUCUGAAAGCGCAUUAAGAUCUGAAAGACUACAUGCGCCAGGCUGGCGAGGUCACCUAUGCCGAUGCCCACAAGCAGCGACGCAACGAGGGCGUUGUGGAGUUCGCCUCCUUGUCAGACAUGAAGACUGCUAUUGAAAAGCUGGACGAUACUGAGCUCAAUGGCAGACGCAUCCACUUGGUGGAGGAUCGUCGCGGCGGACGCAGCGGUGGUGGUGGCGGCGGCAGCGGUCGCGGCCGCUCCCGUUCGUCUAGCUCGCGCUCCCGAUCUCGCUCACGCAGGAGGUCCCGCUCCCGCCGCUCGUCGCACUCUCGCUCUAAGUCGCGCAGCCGCUCAAAGUCCCGCACCGGACGCUCCAAGUCCAAGUCACCGGUUAAGUCACGUUCCCGUUCCCGCUCGCGUUCGAACAAAUCGCGCGACGUUUCCAAGUCCAAGUCGAAGUCCCACUCGCGCACCCGUUCCCGCUCUCCAAAGCGCGAGCGCGACUCCCGUUCCCGCUCCCGCUCCGCAUCGAAGCGAGAGUCCCGCUCCCGUUCCCGUUCCAAGUCGAAUCGCCGCGACUCCCGCUCACGCGACCGAUCCGCAUCUGCUGACAACAAGUCCCGCUCGCGCUCCCGCUCCCGCUCGGCCUCGCCCAAAAACGGAAAUGCCUCGCCGGAUCGCAACAACGAGAGCAUGGACGAUUAGAUUAGUAGUUAGUUUUCCCAUUAAUUUUAAAGCACUUGAUUUUAGACUUCUACUUUACUACUCUACAAAACAUUAACACACAGACACCACACUGACCCUGCAUACUUAUCACAAACAAAAACGAAAAAAAAGAAAAGAAAAAGAAAAAUUAUAAUGGAAUCUUGAAACUCCAGAAAUAGGUGUCGACAUUUUUUGUAUAUUUUAAAAUUUUGGAUCUUAUUAUCUGCGUCGGCAAGUCUGGCAAGUCCCACCCACCCGCUGGGCCAAAUCUUAAAAAAAAAUAAGCAAUCUAUGGAUUCGUUUGGCCGAUUCAGUAGAAUCGAAGUACUGCGACUUGUGCAACAGGGAACACUUCAAAAAUUGUCUAUAUGAUUAACUUCAAUAAAAAUGAUAAAGUUAUGUGAA